AUGCUCCUGCUCGCCCCGACUGCCUCUCUGGCGAGUAAUGCGCCCUCGCCCAGCCUUCUCUAUGCGUUCCUCGCUGCCAAUGCCUCUCGGGCGAAGGGGAUCUCUCGUCCCUUCUCCCUCCGUGCCCGCGACGACUGUCUUGCAGAUGCCACUCCUCCUCCCAUCUCCCUCCCUGCUUGCGCUGCAGACCUGGCGAACGUGUCUCACCCCUUGCCUUUCCCGCGUAGUGCCGCCACAGAUCAGGUGAGCCAGACCCGCCAGUCUGUCGUCUAUCAUGUUGCCCAUGCCGAUCAGGCGAGCGCGACCCGCCCCCCUGCCUCCCAUCAUGGUGCUGACGCACCUCACGCGAGCGCGACCCUCCGUUCCGCCCUCCUCCGCGCAGCCAACGCGGAUCAGCAUGGUGGCAAGAGGAGUGGGGGAGUCAUGGUAGCUAGUGGAGAGGAGAAGGAUGACGAGAAAGGCGGCAAAUCUGAGGAGCGGAAGGCCGGGUUCUUCUUCUUCGUGAACGAAGGCGCAACCGACCUUGCUAUGGCUGCCAAGAACAUUUACCAACCACUCUCCCUUGCUUUACCGUUUUAUUCUGAAGCAGGAGGGGAGGGGGAGAGGGAGGGGGUGUGGAAGGGGGAGGGGGAGGGGGAGGGGGAGGGGGAGGGGGAGGGGGAGGGGGAGGGGGAGGGGGAGGGGGAGGGGGUGUGGAAGGGGAAUGGCGAGGGAAAGGGAGGGGGAGGGGUAGGGGGGAAGGGAUGGAGAGGUGGAGCAGGUGGGGGAAAGAUUCCAGCCGACCUCGCACCCAUUGCAGAUGUGCGAUAA